CCCGAAUGUGGGUCAGGUAUCGCCGUCUGACACACACAGAACUACUUCAAAUAUUCAAGUAUAAUUCCAGGACGCGGUUGGCUCGCUCAUCCAUUUUUCAAAGUUGAAUGCCCUCGUCCUCUGGUCUGGGGUGUGGUGUGGUAUCCGACGAGACAGUAGUAUUGCUUGUGAAGCAAGGCCGACAUUUGCAGAUCUCUCUUUGAUUUCUCCCGAUCUACUUUUCCGGCCCCCGUGCCGGAAUCUUUCAACUAUCCGGUCGGAAUCCACUCCCCCUCUUCUGUAUCCCUUUACCUUUUCCCAGGACUAGGUCAGAACAUGGAGAAUUUGAUCUCUUUGGUGAACAAGUUGCAGAGGGCCUGUACGGCCCUUGGAGAUCAUGGAGAAGAGAGCGCAUUGCCGACUUUAUGGGAUUCUUUGCCGGCGAUUGCCGUCGUAGGAGGACAGAGUUCUGGGAAGUCCUCAGUGUUGGAGAGCAUUGUCGGGAAGGAUUUCUUGCCUCGUGGAUCUGGGAUUGUCACUAGGCGCCCCCUUGUCUUACAGCUUCAUAAAAUUGAGGAAGGAAGAGAAUAUGCAGAGUUUCUUCAUAUCCCAAGAAAGAGGUUCACUGAUUUUGCUGCUGUGAGGAAGGAGAUCUCCGAUGAGACUGAUAGAGAGACUGGGCGCACCAAGCAGAUCUCUCCUGUUCCUAUUCAUCUAAGUAUAUAUUCACCUAAUGUUGUGAACUUGACUAUGAUCGAUCUUCCUGGACUUACUAAAGUAGCUGUUGAGGGUCAGCCUGACAGUAUUGUCCAAGACAUAGAGAAUAUGGUUCGUUCCUAUAUUGAAAAGCCCAACUCUGUAAUAUUAGCAAUUUCACCAGCUAAUCAAGACCUUGCUACCUCUGAUGCGAUCAAAAUCUCUCGUGAAGUAGAUCCUAAGGGAGAGAGGACAUUUGGUGUUUUGACCAAGAUUGAUCUCAUGGAUAAGGGAACUGAUGCAGUUGAUAUACUGGAAGGCAAGGCAUAUCGACUACAGUUCCCCUGGAUAGGUGUUGUUAAUCGCUCUCAAGCUGAUAUUAACAAGAACGUUGAUAUGAUUGCUGCUCGACGAAGAGAGCGGGAAUACUUUGCAAAUAGCCCAGAGUACAAGCAUCUUGCUCACAGAAUGGGUUCUGAGCAUCUAGGGAAAAUGCUUUCAAAGCAUUUGGAAACUGUCAUCAAAUCUCGAAUCCCAGGCAUUCAGUCCCUUAUUAGUAAAAGCAUUGUUGAACUUGAGGCAGAAUUGAGCCGUCUUGGGAAGCCUAUUGCUGCAGAUGCUGGUGGGAAGUUAUACAUGAUAAUGGAGAUUUGUCGUAUUUUUGAUCAAAUAUACAAAGAGCACCUUGAUGGCAUUCGCCCUGGUGGUGAUAAAAUCUACAAUGUUUUUGAUAAUCAACUUCCUGCAGCUCUAAAGCGGUUGCAGUUUGAUAAGCAUCUUUCAAUGGAGAAUGUGAGAAAACUAAUUACUGAGGCUGAUGGAUACCAGCCUCAUUUGAUUGCCCCUGAACAAGGGUAUCGCCGACUCAUAGAAUCAUCUUUGAUUACCAUUAGGGGACCUGCUGAGGCAGCAGUUGAUGCGGUUCACUCUAUACUCAAGGAGCUUGUUCACAAAGCUGUCAGUGAAACUGCGGAGCUAAGGCAAUACCCCACUCUCAGGGUUGAGGUUGGGAAUGCAGCUGUUGAAUCUCUAGACAGGAUGAGGGAAGAAAGUAGGAAAGCGACUCUUAAAUUAGUUGAUAUGGAGUGUAGUUACCUGACAGUUGAUUUCUUCCGGAAGCUUCCCCAGGAUAUUGAGAAAGGAGGAAAUCCAACACAUUCAAUAUUUGAUAGAUACAAUGAUUCAUAUCUCAGGAGAAUAGGUAGUACCGUUUUGUCUUAUGUCAAUAUGGUUUGUGCGAGUCUGCGAAAUUCCAUUCCCAAGUCCAUUGUUUAUUGUCAAGUACGUGAGGCCAAACGCUCCUUGCUGGAUCACUUCUUCACCGAGUUGGGUAAAAAGGAGCAAAAGCAAUUGGCUUCAUUGUUGGAUGAGGACCCUGCAGUUAUGGAGCGGCGUACUGCCCUUGCAAAGAGACUGGAGUUAUAUCGAAGUGCACAAGCAGAGAUUGAUGCAGUUGCUUGGUCCAAGUAGUGAACUGGAUUCGUUAUUCUAUCUUUUGUGUACUAGGAAUAUAGACAACCGGAGUUAUAUCGAAGUGCACAAGCAGAGAUUGACGCAGUUGCUUGGUCCAAGUAGUGAACUGGAUUCGUUUUUCUAUCUUUUGUGUACUAGGAAUAUAGACAACUGGGAUUCUGAUUCUUUAAUUCAUGCUUCGGGUUGGGCUUGGCGAGGGGGUAUAUUUUUUCCUGUAUUCACACGUGUUGUGAAAUUGCGAGCAGGUCCAAGUCAGCUUCCUUGUCUGAACUUCGAACAUAUUUUUAUAUAAAUAUAGUUGAUAUCUUAUAUAACAAA